UACAAGAACCCUCACACACAUGCCCCCCUCAUGGCCCAGCCGUGCCCCUCCCACAGUUGAUCAGUGUGCAAAACUGCUGCUGGGGGGAACAAUCAAACGGCACCUGCGUGUGGAAACACAUGUAGAAUAAUCCGGUGGAAUUUGAUUUAUGCACAUAUAUCAACCUUCCCAAUCCUGGGAAUUUGCGCAUUUGACAUUGAGGGUGUCCGGGGGCAAUCCCUGGCCUUUUCGUGUCUUAUCACAUAAAUAGAGGUUACCACCCCACCCCCUCCAACUCUCUUCUUCUGUGUUCAGCUCUUUACACGCCAGCUCUCACUCAGCGAUUCAUCAUGGUUGCUUUCUUCCGUUUCGUCGCUGUUCUCCUUCCUCUCGCAGCCACCUUCUUCUCUGUCUCCGCCCAGAAUCUUCCUGCUUGUGCCCAGACCUGUGCCAACAGUGCCCUUUCAGGCACAAAUUGCACCGCGUUGACUGACUUCCGCUGCGUUUGCAACAGCGAGAAAUUCUUUACCGCUGCCGCUGCCUGCGCCUUCAAGAGUUGUAACACUACCGAAAUCGAGGAGGCCCUUGCUGCCAUAAAACUGAUUUGUGCACCCUACACCACCGUUUCCUUGACCCUCCCUGCCAGUCUCACCUCCACCCUCUCCUUCCCGACGCUUACCCCUGGGAACGGUACUACCAAGGGCGCCACUUCUACCCACAAUGUCAACGCGACUUCCACCACCACUAGUCCCACCGGCUCUGGCUCGAGCACCACUAGUGCCGCUUCUACGAGCCGGUCUGGAGCCGCUGCACCUGGUGCCAAGGUCCUCUUUGGAAGCGAUCCCGUUCUCGCUCUCGUUCUUGGAGGGGCCAUGUUCGGAGCUUACGUAAUUGGAAUAAUAUUCGAGUUCGGUGACAAGGAUGAUCUCAAAGUCUUUGUGAAACAAUGA